AUGAGCUACGACUACGAGCCGCGUGAGCGUAUGCGCCACUAUACGCGAGAGGAGACUCGCAUCGAGCGAGGUGAUCCGCGGGCGUAUGCUGACGAAUCCUACCUGAAGCCACACUCCUCCCGCGAUUUGGUGCCCCGGAGGCGAGAAGACAGCGACCUGUCGGUUGAGGAUAUUCGCCGCGACUUCCCUCCCCCAGGCUACCGGGAUGCUCGCAGGACCCGCUCGGCAGAGCCUGGUUACUAUGACGACUACCGCGACGACCGCUCCCGGCGCGGCGACUACUACGGCGACCGGCGCACCAGAACAGGCGCUAGUGUCUACGGCGAGGAGGAAGAGGUCCGCUCCCGCAAGCGUGUUCUGAAUCAGCAAGAGAAGAUCAUCGCCGCCGUCGCCGGUGCCGCCCUAGCUUUUGGCGGUAAGGAGCUGUACGACCGUCGCGACGCCAAGGAGCACGGCGGCGACGUCGAACGCAACUACUUGACCUCGGCUGCCCUCGGUGCUGCCGGUGCUCUCGCGGGUUACCAGGGUGCCGAGUUUUACAACAAACAGUCCAGCAAGAACGACAAGUCGCCACAGGGGCAACUUGUAGCCCACCGUGGCCGCGAUGGUCUCGUUCACGAGACGUACGUUGAGGAGGACGACAAGAAGGGCUCAAAGUCUUUCCUCGAGAACGCUCUCGCGGCUUCGGGCCUGGGAGCAGCUGUCAAGGCCCUCACCGGCGGUAGCUCGGACAACAAGGAUGACAACCGAAGCCGUGGCCGCGGCAGCCCUGAUCGCGCCUCACGAUCGGGCUCCAAGUCUGGCGGCGGCAACGAGAGCCAGGUCGCAAAGGUGCAAAAGGCCGCCAUGGCAUCUCUCAUUGCCGGCGCCACCGAAGCAUUCCGCGUGGCCAAGGAACCUGGUGGCUGGAAGGGUGAGAAGACAAAGCGAAUUUUCACGGCCGCUGCUGGUGCUGCCGCAGUCGAUGCUGCUCAGGACCGCGAGAAGGGUAGCAAGCUGGGCCUUGCCGAGUCCGUCAUUGGUGGUCUCGUUGGUAACCGCGUGAUCAACGGCUCCAAAGGCAACAUUGAGGCGGACGAGAAGACUGGCCGCAGCAGGUCCCGGUCUCGUGCUCGAUCGCGAUCCGGUAACGACCAGGGCAGCAGCGGCAAAAUAGGUCGCAAAGCCGCGGGCGCAGCGCCGACUCGUUCGACAGCCGCGACAACGAUCGACCCCGCGCGCGUAGCCGCAGUCGGAGUGUCGUCGAUUCGGCGCGGAAGAAGCUUGCCAAAUUCGGAAUCGGCAAUGGGACCCGACGACAGGGAUGGCGACAGAGAUUCUCGACGUGACGACAGCCUCCAAGACGACAGAAACUCGCGUCGGGGGCCGAGACGGUAUUCUGAUGAUCCCUACGAUGACGACUACGACCGGGGCUACCCGCCGCCCCACGGAUCUCGCGACUACAGGGACCAUCCAAGGGACCCCCGAGACGCCAGGGACCCCUAUGACGACGACAGGUCGUACGCCAGCAGCCGACGUAGAGACCGCUCGCGCAGGCGAUCUCGGUCGAGCGCGUCAGGCUCGGAUCUGGGAGACUCGGACGAUGAUCUGAAGACAUCGAGAAGAAUGAGAGCGAACGGAGUCUAUCAGAGUAUGGCGGCAAGGGAAGCGCGUCAAAAAGCUGUCAAGGAAGGCCGCUUGAGUCCAGAGGAAGCCAAGAAGCUCAAGGCCAAGGCCAUGCUGCAAGAUGCUGCCCAGAUCGGCCUCGCUGGCCUGGGUAUCAAGGGCGCAAUGUCACAGCUCAAGACUGCCAAAGACAAGCAAGCCGAGUGCAAAGACUGGGAACACCAGCGAGAGCUCAGACACCAGAAGCGACUGGAACGCCAAGGCCGAUCACUCGACAGCCGUGGCAGGAGCAGGGCUGACGACUGGUAUACUCCAGUUUCUCGCAAGGGGACCGUUGGUCUCUCGGUGCAGAGCUGGCCGCGAUGA